AAGUUACCGGCGAUAAGUGAUCAGUAAGUUUUUUUUAUAACCAGAUGAAAAAAAAUGGUAACAGGAAAAGUUAACCAGACUGUAUAUAUAGAUCAAGUCUGUUCCCGUCCUGAAUAUGAAGUCUUCGGAUAUUUCUGUGCUUGUUGAUAUCUUGCUUCUUUCAACAUCAUACCGUACUUAUCGACCCUUUCGACCUGACUGAUACCUAGUAUACCUGGGAAUUAUAUCGUCAUUAUCAUUCAGUCGAUCUAUUCUUGUUGAACAACUUAUUCCGAACAACCUAUUGUUAAACGACUCAAACAACAUUCGAUUACACCGCAUGGUAUUCGGUGCAACUAUGACACAAUUCAAGGCCCGCGAGGCCGGCGACCUCUCCAAGGUCGAAUCUCCAGCAUAUCGCAAAAUUCCAUACUGGCGUCUAGUGGCCGAUCAGGGCGUGGUGACGCAGGAGAUCGUGGAUUAUCCCUACCCCGGCUCGGGAACCGAGGAGGACCCCUACUCCGUCACUUGGAUUCCAGAUGACCCCCGCAACCCCAUGACGUUUAGCAACGUCAAGAAAUGGUCCAUCACGAUCUUGGUGGCCAUUGCGACACUGGCCGUGGCCCUGGUGUCGUCCGCAUAUACUGGUGGCAUGUUAGAGAUUCAAGCGGAAUUCCAGGUCGACAGCGAGGUCGCGACGCUCGGUGUCUCUCUUUUCGUCCUUGGAUUUGCCGUCGGUCCCCUCCUCUGGGCUCCACUGAGUGAGAUGUUCGGUCGUCAAGUGGUCUUCUUUGGCACCUAUAUGGCGCUCACGGCGUUCAACUGUGGCAUCGCAGGAUCGAAGAAUAUCUGGACGCUGGUCAUCCUCCGAUUCUUCGCCGGUUCCUUUGGCUCGUCCCCGUUCACCAAUGCCGGUGGCGUCAUUGCCGACAUGUUUAGCGCCAAGACCAGGGGUGUUGCCAUGAGCAUGUUCGCCGUCGCUCCUUUCUUGGGUCCAGUUAUCGGUCCUAUCAUCGGUGGCUUCCUGGGCAUGAAUGCCGGAUGGCGAUGGGUCAUGGGGUUCCUGGGUGCCUUCUCCGGUGCGGUCUGGAUCAUGGGUACCGUGCUCGUUCCGGAGACCUACGCACCCGUCCUCCUGCGCCGCCGCGCCGAGAGACUGUCUAAGAUCACUGGCAAGGUGUACCGGAGCGAGUUGGAUAUUGAGCAGGGCAAGAUGUCUCCCCGCGAUGCGUUCGCCACUGCCCUGUCGCGUCCGUGGAUUCUGCUGUUCCGCGAACCGAUCGUCUUCUUGCUUUCUCUGUAUAUGGCCAUUGUGUAUGGCACGCUCUACAUGCUGUUCGCCGCCUACCCGAUCGUCUUCCAGUUCGUCCGUGGCUGGAACCAGGGCGUCGGCAGUCUUCCAUUCUUGGGUAUCAUGGUGGGCAUGCUACUGGCGGUGACCUACAGUUUUAUCGACAACCGGCGUUAUAUCAAGACCCAAGCCAAGCACGGCGGGUUCGCUCCGCCCGAGGCUCGGCUGCCUCCCUGCAUGGUUGCGUCCAUUGCCAUCCCCGUGGGCCUGUUCUGGUUCGCGUGGACCAACUACCCCUCCGUCCACUGGAUGGCCCCCGUGGCUGCCGGUGUCCCCUUCGGCUUCGGCAUGGUCCUGGUGUUCCUGGGCAUCAUGAGCUACCUGAUCGACACGUACACCAUCUUCGCCGCGUCGGUGCUGGCAGCCAACUCCGUCAUGCGGUCCAUCUUCGGUGCCGUGUUCCCGCUCUUCACCACCUACAUGUACGAGGAUCUGGGCAUCCACUGGGCCUCGUCCAUCCCGGCGUUCCUGGCCGUCGCCUGCGUGCCGUUCCCCUUCCUCUUCUACAAGUACGGCCACACGAUCCGCAGCCGCUGCAAGUUCGCCGCCCAGUCCGAGGCCUUCAUGCGUAAGAUGAUCGAGCAGGUCAAGCCGACGACCUACGACGGGGCCGCGGACGACGAGCAGGCCCAGAUGACGGCGACCCACGACGGAGCCGCAGACGAAGAGCUUAAGGAGGUCGAGCUCGAGGGGUAUGACCGCACCGAGGCUCCGGCGCCCGCGCGCCCGAUAUCGAACGGAUCAGUGUCGGACGUCGAGGAGCUUCCGUCGAUGCAGCAGAUCCGCAGCAAGGCCUCGACCCGGACGGUUGGAUCCUACCACCACUCAGUGUACGACGGGAACCCGUACGAUAUCGACCGACGACGACGACGACGACGACGACGACCCUACGAUCCUCCACACCCUCUCGCAUCCGACCCCGACGAAACAACCACACAUCAUCCACCUCCCCCGAACCCCCCAACAAGACCACUCCCAACCCCACCUCAAACAAAACGACCCCCCUCCCCCGACGCCGGCACCCCAGCCACCACACCCUCACCCUCGACCGCUGCGCCGCCAUCGCCUGCUACCAUCCCCGCCGGUUCGGGGUCGCGGCGGACACUGCGCCAGGUUAUUGUGCAAGGGCCGCUGGGGAAUCUUGGACGGGCGUACUCGCGCGUCCAGGCUAGACGACCCUAUGCGACGCAGCUGUGGAGUUCGGUGAUUGUUUAUCUGUGUGGGGAUUUGAGCGCGCAGUAUUUUUUUCCGCCGGGUGGGGGGAAACCGGUACGACAGACAGGAGGAGGAGGAGGGUAUGAUCCGUGGAGGACGCUGCGACAUUUAACAGUCGGUGCGACGUCGAGUAUUCCGUCGUAUAACUGGUUCAUGUUCCUCCACCACAACUUCAACUUCGCCUCCAAGUUCCUCUCCAUCCUGACCAAAGUCUGCGUGCAGCAAGCGGUCUUCACCCCCGUCUUCAACACCUACUUCUUCAGCGUGCACUCCCUGCUGUCAGGCGCGUCGCUGGAGGAGACCUGGGAGCGGCUGAAGAAAGCCCUCCCUGUCAGCAUCGUCAAUAGCUGCAAGCUGUGGCCGGGUGUCACGGCGUUUAGCUUUAUGUAUGUGGCGCCGCAGUUCCGGAAUAUCUUCUCGGGUUGUAUUGCCGUUGGGUGGCAGACUUAUUUGAGUUGGUUGAAUCAGAAGGCCGCGAGGGAGGUGGAGGCUGCGGAGGUUGCUGCUGAGUUGGCUUCGACUUCGUCGCCGUCACCGGUUGAGGCUUCGAUUGUGUUGAAGGCGUAG